AAACUGACUGGGUAUAACUAUUCCAGUGAACCCGCUACACCCAGUCACUCUAUGUGGGUCAGGUUUACCACGGAUGUCUCAAGGGGAGAUAUUGGCUUCAGUCUUCGUGUCACAGCUAUACUAAACCCUGAAUGCAGCAGCGGUCAAAUGCAAUGUUCGAGUGGACUGUGUAUCAGCGAAUCGGCAAGGUGUGACGGAUAUAAUGACUGUCUCGAUUUCUCAGAUGAGGAAUACUGUCCGUACUGCGAACAAGUUCAAUUUGAUAUAUGUAGACAGAGCCUGGCCUAUAAUUUGACUUUUUUCCCGAAUCGGAACGCAGAGACAGCAGACGCUGCAGCGGGAAACUUUACAGACAUGGGAACUACUAUAUCAUCGUGCCAUGAUCACCUGUUCCCUUUCAUGUGCUCCGUUUACUAUCCGGAAUGCACCCAUAACGGCCCCACCCAUCGGGUGUGCUACUCCGACUGUUUGGCAGUCACUGAUGCCUGCAAGGCAUCCUUUGAGCAACUCCUCGACCGUCCUUGGCCCGUCAACUGCUCGUUGUUUACCGAUGAACAGGAGGAAGAUGGGAGCUGUUUUGGCCCUGCGGGAGAUAUUUUCGAUACCAACAUAUGCGGGACACGCCCUGCAUACGCACCAGACCAAAACAGGGUUCUUGGUGGUACCAACGCACGCCAAGGGGAAUUCCCUUGGAUUGGUUCACUCCGCAUCGAAGGAUUGGAUUUUGGAGGACAUUGGUGUGGGUCUACCCUGAUUAACUCUCAAUGGGUUCUUACCGCCGCUCACUGCGUUGAAUACUACGUCGAUCGUGUGGUUUUUGGGAACGCACAUUUGACGGAUGACUCCGACAACGAGGUAGCGGUUGAGGUGGCUGAUAUUUUCGUCCAUCCCGAGUACGACAACAAUUGGUUCUUCAACGACAUCGCUCUGAUACGACUUGCUGAACCGGUGACAUUCAGUGACUACGUUAGACCCGCGUGUCUCUCGGAAUCCUCGGAUGAACUCAAGGACUAUCGUCGCUGCCUCGUCGCUGGAUGGGAAACAUUGAAAUUGUAUAGCCGACCGUUGGCAGAGAGCUUGAAAAAAGCAGUGGUGACCCUUCUUGACCAAGACCGGUGCAAUUCUGAACUUUUCUACAACGGGUCUCUGGCAGAAGAAGAGAUAUGUGCUAGAUAUGCGCCAGGUGGAAUUGAUGCUUGUCAGGGAGACAAAGGUGGGCCUUUGACCUGUGAGGGUGAUGAUGGUCGAUGGCAUCUGGUCGGAUCAACAAGCUUUGGAUGCGCAGGAUCACUCUCGGACAGCAUCUACACCCGAAUCUCACAGUUCCAGUCAUUUAUUACAGCUGUGGUUUCAGGAGCAAUAACACCGGGUAUUACUGAAAUCACCCUUGAGCGUGCCGUCCCAGUGAACAUCACUUCUCCAAACUACCCUUCCGACUACAACAUCGGCGAUAACAUCGUCUGGCAGGUAUCGGCCCCUGUUAACCACAGCGUCAGGCUGGACAUCGUCGACUUCGCUACCGAAUUUGACUUCGACACCUUGUUUGUGGGCGAUGGACUGACGCCACUGACCUACACAGAGCUUGCGAGGCUCACGGGCUAUGGGUUAAGGUCGAUUGUGACGUCACAUGGCCGCCAUAUGUGGCUCAAAUUCUUCAGUAAUUACAAACGUACUGACGUUGGAUUCAUGGCAACACUGAACGCUGUGGAUCCGAGAGGUGACAAUUCUCUAAUCUUGGUGAACGAGUCUACGGUCCAACAGCUACGCUCACCAGACUUUCCUCUUGUUGCAAGCGACAGCGUGCACGAGAUUUGGCGGAUAAUGGCUCCUCAGGAUCACAGCGUGAGGGCGCGUUUCGACUUCUUUAACCUCACCAACGGUUCUUCGCUUACCGUGGGCUACGGCUCGAGUCCUAUAAAAUUCACAAUCCUAGUGGAGUUGACUGGAAGUGAAUUGCCUGAAGAUAUUACCUCCCCCACUCAAAAAAUGUGGUUUAGAUUUGUGUCGAAUACUGGGGACUCCAGUAGAGCGGUCGGUCCGCUUAAGGGAAGUGGAUUCUUGGUGAAUCUAACAGCAGAAAGGACUGAAGAAAGUAACCCUUGCCAGAAUGGAGGAACAUUUUCAGACAUCCAUGGAAGUUUACAGUGCUUCUGUCCCGAAGGCUUCAAAUGGGAUUACUGUCAAAAAGGUUAGGACAAGACAAAUGGACUCGAUACCCUCAAGACAUAGCACCACGAAGAGAUAGCUAGACAAGAAUAUAAUAAUUCAGUAAGGCAGUGGUGUAGCGGGGGCCUCUGGCAUUACUGGGAUUGGCAGUUAUUUUAUUAGAUGUAUGAAGUAUAAAUUGUUGAGGCUACCUACGAGGGGGAACGAGGCAGGAGACUUUAUUUACUUCUUUUCACUUUUCACUUUUCCCUUCCCUUUCUCCCUUUCGUUUUUUUGUUGUAUAUAUCGUGCCCCUUGCAUUUACUUUAUUCGAGAGAUUUGUUCUUCAAAGUCAUGAACAAGAUAUUGAAUACGGGAAACGGGAUACAUGUGUAUAUUAAACCUCUUUAUUUACCACGUGACAAUGUGGCAGAUCUCUAAUUGGCUCAUAAUACUGAACCAUUACUUGAAUGAUAUUUUUUUUUCACGCUGUUUGUUAUAAUAGACAUUGAAUAGAACAUAUCAAACUAGUUUACCCAAUUCACAUGAGCUACAAUGAUGAAACUUGGUCAGGUUUGUUUUCCCCUUCAAUACUGACAUUAUUAAAACAUAUUGCUUUUUCUAUUACGGUAAUGGGGUUUGGUCCUCUCAACAAUACGUAAAUAUGUCAAAACAUCUGGAAUUUAAUAGAAAAUAUACAAGAUAAUACCAACAUUUUCUAUCAGAGUCCAAAUGUUUUUUUUUUACAUAUCCCUUACAAGGUAUAUGUGCAUUUUUAUGACCUUGACCUGUGCAUUUUUAUAGAUGAAAUAAAUCAGAUGAAAUAAUGAUGUAUUCCGGGGCCUACUAAAAGCCCGUGUACUGUUUUUUGUUUAGUUCUGCUGGUUUCCAAACACGUCAAAUUUCCUCUUCCUUUUGGUUUGUUUGUAUUCUCUUAUAUAGAAAUUAUACUUUAAAUUUUUCAUAUUUGUGGUGAUAGAGAAAUAAUUAUAACAUUAUAAAAUAAUAUUACUUUAUGUAGCCUAAUACAUUCGUGCUGCACUCGUUGUUUUGUUUUUAUGUUAAAGUCAGGUGAUGUUCAUGAAUAUUGGGAAAAUUUGAUUUUUAUAACAUAUUUAUGGUGAGUAAUCUGAAAUUAGAGUUUGGCGAAUGUACACUCUCUCCUUUAACAAUUUUAAUGUGUAUGGUUCAUGGUUCAAGUCCUUGACUUUGAAUCGGGGGGGGGGGGGGGUUGAGGGUUCGAAUCUUUGCCGGAUGCGUACAAUGUACCCUCGGACUAGGCAUUUGAUCAAUACUUGCCUCUCUCGACGUUACUAUGUACAUGGUACAUGUAUAAGGAAAACGAUCACAAGUAUUUCGAUGACACAUAAAUGUAUUAUCAAGCUUUUUUUGUUGUGUACUGUAGCAUAUUUAACUCUACUCUCGAUGUCACAUCACAUGAGGGGGCCUUAACUUAUAACAAGCUGUGCUUCAACCAAGGUCUCCUCGUCCAUCUUUAUUCUACAUUGUACUGUUAUGAUUAUACUCUAUUAUAUUUUUUCACAUGUGUUUUUCUGGAAGACAAAUAAACUUGAUAAUUGAUACUUGAUACUAUGAACAUGGUAUAUGUAUAAGGAAAACGAUUAUAUGUCGUUUUUUGAUUUUUUUUUUUUAACGAAGUUUCAUAUUUUAGAAUGCUCGUUAUUCCUCAAAAUUCAUUCCGAAGGUUUGUAAUUCUGAAGGUUCGUUAUUCCCAAGGUUCGUUGCUCCAAAGUUUCGUAAUUCCGAAAAAUGGAAGGGGGCACACAAUUCCGGAGGACUGGUUCAUAAUUCCGGAAAGGCGGUAGAAGUAUAGAACCACAUGUAAUAUUUGGAAUCAUGAACCCUAUAUAUUUCAUUUUCAGAAUUAUUAACCUUGUUUAAUUUCCCAAUUAUGAAGCUUAGGAAUUACGAACCUUCAGAAAAAUGAGCCGUCGGAAAAUCGAGCGCCAUCUCUCCCCCUAGUAAACCAUGAUUCUUGUAAGUGGUUGAACUUGAGUAUAUUCCAUUGUGUCCUCUUUGGCAGGACAUAACAUCUACAUUUGCCACUCUACACCCAUGGCAAAUGGGUAGUUGUUCUCUAAGAGUAUUUUGUAAAUAGUAUUAUAUAUUCCAUAUAUGUUGUUGUAUUCAUGAAUCAGUAAUCUUUGUCACAUCAUAUGAGGGGUCCUUAACUUUAUAACAAGCUGUGCUUCAACCAAGGUCUCCUCGUCUUUCUUUAUUUUACAUUUAACUGUUAUGAUUAUACUCUAUUAUAUUUUGUCAAAUGAUAAAUGGGUAUUGACUUGUAAAAUUCUUUUAUUCGAACACAUAAGUGUGAGCCUAUACCGGUCGCGUAGCUUAUGCCGGGAUACUUUAUAAGGUAAUUUUCUUAGCACUUGGAAGCGCAUAUAAACGGAAUAUUGUAAUGUGAUAUUCGCCAUAUAAAACGAAAUGGUAUCAUUGUUGUGAUUACUCCGUAAUAAUGUCUUGUCUUUGUAUUGAUAUUCCACAUAAUUAUGCCUUUUCAAUUGUACUUGUUGAAUACUACUUGUUUUUCUUUUCUGGGAAAAAAUAAAGCAAUUAUAAACAGCUGA